AUGCGUGCGACGGCCGCCAACUGCAUGCCGCUGCACUACCACGAGGUGGCGGUGAACGACGGCAUCACCGACAGCCUCAACAUCACCAUGUGCUCGCCGUACGCGGCAGUCGAGCUGGACAAGGUAUACCCAAUCAUCUAUCUGCAGACGGCCCACUGCCCGACCAAUAACACAGGCGUCUGGACGCCGACUUACUCCGACCCACAGGUCAUCCGCGCCGCCGACGGGACCAAGAUCCUCUCCAUCCCGCCCAUCACCAUGAUCCUCUGCUACAGCCCGCCCGCUGACCUCGAGAGCGGUUGCCUAGCCUUCCUCCACGAGACCUGGUACGGCGCCAAGCUGGGCUGGGCGUACGAGCUGUACGUGGCCCGGGAGGCGCGGUACGAGCAGCACUCGUGCGGGCAUCGGGUGCUGGAGGAGAUGAGGCGGGUGGGCUGUGACGUCAAGGACUUUGACCCCAACAACGGGCUGUGGAGGUGCGACGAGGAGGAUUACGGCGCCGCGUACAUGCGCAUCUGGACGCCGACGCUGUCGUGCACGCCGGAUAAGGUGGAGAGGGCGUUGUUGGAGAUGAGCCGCCAUGAGCUGGUGGUCCAGUGCGAGGCUAAGAAGGCUUGUUUUCUUAAUGCCCACUUGCGCUGUGGCUGA